UACGAGUCGCCUCAGUACAAACUUGCGGCCGGUAAUUCUUUAUUUGCAUUUGUUAUUUUGUUACAGUGAUGUGUUCACUGUUGUUCAGUAUUUUUGCACUAAUAUACCGUUAAAGUAAAUGCGAACAGUGCUGAAAGUCCUUCAUAUUUACAAAACUCUGCAUUACGGUAUACUUAUACAACUCUUGCUGAAAACUUCUUGCUUAUUUUCAUAAUAAAAACAAAGUCAUUGCACCCGAAGUAAUGAGAAGUUUUACUAGUAAAAGAUAAGACCUUGACUGAGAAUUUCAAAAUGUUUAAAGUCUGUUUAGAAAACCGCAUAGUACACAGAGAAAAAGAUUACAAAUGCUUCUUGUGCCAUUGUGAAGACAUAGAUAAUAAUUAUGAAUCUGUUGAGGAACAUCUUAAACAAUGGAGGCAUAAAAGGCUACUCAAAGAAAUGGAUCAGUUUGAAAGAAAAAAAGAAUUGGAUGUUAUUGAUUCAAUUUCAGAGACCCAGCGAAAAGUAUUAGUUGAAAAUUAUAUAGCAAUUGCGAACAGGAAAUAUGAAAGAUAUCGCUGUUACAUGUGUAGUACUUAUCUACCAAGUUUGCCGGUAGUAUUUGACCAUUUGCAAACAUUUGUCCAUAAAACGAAUUACAAGAAAAAGUUCAGCAGCGCAUUAACUGUAAAAAAUAAGGAUAACACAUUAACUCUAGAUAGAGCAUGCGUGAUCAAACAAAUCUUUUUUGAGAAAGAAUAUUGGUGCCAAAUUUGUCAAGUAACUUUAAAAAAAUUUGCAUUGAUAAAAUGUCACUCUAUGGCACACUUUUUUCAAAAACACCAUGCUAAACAAGACGAUGUUAUAUACUUUCAUUACGUGGAGAAUACUGUUGUAAAUAUAACUUGUUUAUUAUGUGAAAAGUCAGUGGAUACCAUAGAACUUUUAGAACAUCAUCUAAAUACACGUGAUCAUCAAUCAAGAAUAAACCAAUUGUCUUCCAAAGAAAUCAUAGGGAUAGAAGAUUACACAACUACAAGCACAUCUCAGUGUGAAUUCUUCAAGGAGUAUGUAACUGUCAUGAACGUCUUCUGUAAAGUUUGUUCUGAAACAAUUCCAGUAGAUGAUUUUGAAAGACAUACUCAUAGUAAGGAACACUAUGAUAAAGCAGUGUUAAAAAUAUCAGAAGGUGCUUUCAAACCAUUAAAAGAUUCACAACACAAAGCAAAAUUAGAUAGUUCAAAUAAUUACAUGUGCUUUGUAUGCAACAGCUCAUUUGCUACAAUAUCUCACUUAUUAAAACAUUAUGAUGCGAUUCAACAUAAAAGUAAAAUUGCAGCUAUGUAUAUGUUAAUAAAUAAAGGACAAAGUGUUCAACAAGUAACCACAGAUAAGCAUCAAACAAAAUCUAAAUCAAUUAGUAUGAAUAUCAAUGACAAAGAUCUUGCUUGCUUAUCUCAAACUUUAAAAAAACAGGUUUCGUUUGAAGAGCCAAAUUAUUCAACAUCUAAUAAAAUUACACAUCUGAAAAACAGUAAAAAAAAGAAAUUAACUGAAGUAAGUUCUGGUGAAGCUCCAAAAUCAAACUUACUUUUGCCCAGAAAUAGAAAACUACGAAAACCAAAAGUGAAUAAAAAAAUUAUGACUCAAUCUGAUAAAAAUUUGGCCAUUUUUGGUAACACAUAUGUAAAUAUGUGCAUUGAACCUGGAAGUAGAAAUAUUUACGACAUCAGCGAAAAAUCGAAUCGCUUAUUAAAUUUGAGUACAGAUUUAAUUGUUCCUACUGAUUCUGUGUGGAUUUGCAUUCCAUGUGCUGAUAAAAUUCUAGACAAUGAAUUUUUAAUAUAUGAACAUUUGAAUGAUGCAAAACACACUAUGAAUGUCAAAAAAUUAGAAGUUGAUGAUCAGCUAUUUGUAGAAUAUCCUGAUCAAUUUAGUGACUUGAAACUAGCCAAAGCUCACAUGCAAGAUGAAUCAGACAGUUAUGUGCAUUGUUAUGCAUGCAACACCAAAGUAUCUAAUUCCGAUGAUUCUAUUAGACAACAUCUUGUAGCAAAUGAACAUAUUCUGAAAAGUAGAUCUUUAGAUACUGAAUUAAAAGAAAUGUCAAAAGCUUUACUUGCUAUUACAAAUAGCUUUUGGUACUAUGCACAUUUUUUCAUUUGUGAGAUAUGUACAUUGAGUUUCAACAUAGAACUUGAGUUUAUAAUUCACCUGAAAUCAAAGGCACAUUUGCAAAACGCGAAUGAAAUAAAAUUAAAAGGCUUUGAAACGAAAUUCCAUACAUGCCCAACAUGUGUAACAUGUUGGUAUGGUGAAUCUGAUUCUUACAGUAAUCACAUUAAAAGCAGUCUUCAUAAACGUUUAAUGGACAGUAGGGAGUUUAUGGUUCCUCCCAUUUCUUUACUUACAUAUGGGCUUUUAAAUGACGCAAAAAAAAAUAUUAAACAUUUAAUUCGUGAAUGUGAUACAAGGGAUACCCAAGAAGAGCAAGACCAAGAAUUAUCUUUGCUGGGCUACAAAUCCAAACUUGUAGGGAAUUUUAAAAAAGCAUUACCUCUCUGUAGAGAAUUGAUUUUAUACCUUAAAAAGUGGUUGGAUCUUUGUCGGCUCACAGAGGCAAACAGCAUGACUACAUACACUAUUUCAUGGUUUGUGAUUUUCUUUUUACAAGUCAAAGAAAUUUUACCAAGUGUACAUGAACUUAUCAAAAUGAAGAAUAACUCUACACUUGUUGAUGGUUGGGAGUGUGGCUUUGAAGAAUCAAUUCCAGCUGUAAUCACAAAUUUACCACUCCAAGAUUUAAUGAAACAAUUCUUUUUAUACUAUGCACACUUUGACUACAAAUCAAAUGUUAUAUGCCCAUAUUUAGGGACAACAAUUAAAAAAAGUUGUUUUGCAAAUAUUGAACAGUUACCAGAGCAGAUGAAAGUUUAUCAAACUCGUAUCAUAAGAGGCGAAGUUAAAUUUUUCCAAUUAGAUUCGCCUAUGUGUAUACAAGAUCCUAUUGAACAAUCUCUUAAUAUCACAAAAGCGGUUAAAAAACUUCAGUUGCAAUUUUUUAUGCAGUAUUGCGCUGAAAGUUUAGAAAAACUGAAUUGUUAAUUCAGUAUUUUUGUGUAACUAAGGUGCUUCAAAAAUAAAAUUUUAUACUAUUUUUAUAAAAAAAAAA